AUGAACGGACUGCGCAAGCACUUCACUAUGGGACUGGUGCUGGUGAUGUGCACGCUCACCGGCCACUGCGGCCGGAGCGCGCCCUCGGGGGCCAGGGGGUCGUCCGCAGCCGGAGCGGAGCAUGUGGACUUGAGGCGGAUGGUGGAGAUCAUGAAACACGUGGAGGAGAGCCGGGGUCGACACGGAGCCAAAACGGAAUCCCCGGUAACGUCGCGGGCGCACACGUCCCCGGUGGAGCCAAAGGAUUUACGCAACUUGAAAACAGACAGAGGCGCCCAGGCUGUCGUUGUUAUCCCUAGGGACGUCAGAAAGAAAGAGAAAUUCCUAAAACAUAUAACAGGUCCUCUCUACUUCCAUCCGAAGUGCAGGCAGCAAGUGUACAGAGUCUACCACCACACCAGAGAAUGCACGACGCCUGCAUACUUGAAACGAUGUGCGCGGCUCCUCACACGGCUAGCUGGCAGCCUGCGGUGCACGGAGGGGUAG